AUGAUCAUAUCGUUGACUGAAGAUUCGUUGGACAGUGGUGUUGCAAGCGAGCAUAGUAGUAGAAUGAGUGGACUGGUUGAACUUCUGCAACAACAACAACAACAACAUCAACAUCAACAUCAACAACAACAUCUGCAACAACAUCAGCAACAACAUCUGCAACAUCAGCAACCACAUCCUUACAAUCAACACUUACAGCAGCCAUCACAGAACUAUCAGAUUUGCCCACCAAAUGAGUUUUCAUUAAACCAAAACCAUACACUUGACAACAACCAUCCCCAACAACAGCAACAACAACAACAACAACAAAAACAACAUACUAAAAACAUACUAUCCUCUUUUUUUAAAAACUUUAAUUUGCUCAAUAAAUCCUCAAACAACAGCAACAACAACAACCGAAACAACAACAACAGCAAUAGCAACAGUUGCAGCAACAGUCGCAGCAACAGUCGCAGCAACAGCAACAGCAGCAGCAACUGCAGCAUCAAUAAAAACAAUCAGAACAACAACAACAACAACAGCAGCAACAAAAAAGACAGCAAAUCAAAAACAGCGGACAAAAUUUCACAAGGUAACAACAAAAACAAAAUUAAUAUCGAAAACUCCGGCGAAUAUCUUACAACGACAACAACAAUCUGCAGAAAAACAUUAGACAUGGACAUGAGCAACGCUAACAACAACACUAACAACAACAACACUAACAACAACACUAGCAACAACACUAACAGCAACACUAAUAACAACACUAACCACAACACAAACCACAACAACAACAGUCAAUCGUUAAAGAUUGAGGCCACCCAUCCAUUUCCAAGUCCCUUAGCUUCUCAGGUUGCACCAGCAUUCAGAAAGAAAUUCACAGACGACGACGAGGCCAUGUUCGACACCCCGGUAGAACCGAAAAACAGAAACAGCAGCUGCAGUGGCGCCAGCAGCCAGCCACGUCGCUACGAUGAAAGUUUCUAUAGGCGAUACAACAACAACGAUGACGACGACGACGACGACAGAAGUGGCAGUGGUAGCUUCACUAGAAAUGAUUUUUUUUGUAAUAACCAAAACUUACAAGUUGUCAGCUCGUUCAGUCCUGGCACGUUUGUGUCUGGCAGAGAGAAGGAAAACAAAAACAAGAGAGACACGAAACUAUUCUACAACAGAGAAUACAGCAUAAUUAUCUCAAAAACCAACAAAGAUAUUUUCAGAACAUUCAAACUGCAACAUUGUUGCGACAGCAACAACAGCAACAAAUUUUGCAACAAUAUCAGCAACAAUUUACGCAACAACGGCAACAACAUCAUCAGCAACAAAACUUGCUUAACGCCUCCAACAAUUUAUUCCCUUCGUCACUUCGAAACGAUGAUGGAUAUGACACUUGCAGCUCUCAGCAUCAACAAAGACCGCCAUCAGAAUUUCAUUCGCAACAACUACAGCCACAACAACUGCAGCCACAACAACUGCACCCACAACAACUGCACCCACAACAACUGCAACCACAACAACUGCAACCACAACAACUGCAACUGCAACAACAAAAUCAACAAAAAACAUUUUCACAUCAUUUCCAACAACUACAUAAGGAAAAAGCAUUUUAGUCUUUGGUUACAGAGUACUUCCGGCAGGAGGCCAGUUCCGGAAAUGACGCCAUUUUUCUCAGAAGAUUUCCGCAAUUUUGUUUUCUCUAGUAGCAACAGUAGCAGUAGUAUUUGCAGUUUACUAAGUAGUAAUAGCAACAAGAGUAAUUCGGUUAAAAAUGCCCAAUUGACAACAGAGCGACAAAAUUCAUCAAGCAAUUUUUCUGGCUUAACUAAUUCUGUUGUCAGUCCUAUCAUUGUUGACAGCAACAACAUCAUCACCAACAACAACAAUAACAUCUCUAACAACAGCAAUAACGUCAACUUGAAUUAUGGAAACUCUUUCGGCAACAUCAACAACAACACCAGAAACCACAACAACAACAUCAACUUGAAUUAUGAAAACUGUUUUAGCAACAUCAUCAACAACAACAACAGCAACAACAACAACAACAACAACAUCAUCAACAACAAAAACAACAACAACAACAACAUCUAUGACAGCAACAAGCCGGCCCACAUUACGAAUGAGAUCAACAACUGCUACGUAGCACACGCAUCCGUGAAACACAAUCUCGACACUGUCCUUCCAUUCACUGAGAACUCCAUCCGUCACGCACAUGAGAUCAAUCUCAACAACAACAACAUAGCGAACGAAAUUUUUACCAACUACAACAACAACUACUACUACAGCAGCAGCAGCAACAACAACAACAAGAUUGAUACAUAUUUCCAAGUGUUUAAUGACAACAACAUUUGUAACGUUAAUGAUGACAACGCAAACAACAACAACAACAACAACAACAACAACAUAAACAUAAACAACAAUAUAAACAACAGCAUAAACAACGCCAACAACAACAUAAAUAACAACAUCAAUUACAUCAACAACGCCAACAACGAAAACAUUAACACUGACGACCUCGGUACUAUAUUACGACAACAGCUAACGUUGAAACGACGUAACAGUGACAUCAUGCUGACGUCACAAGCAAAUCAAUCACGUGAUGCAGGUCCGCAACAUUUCCUCAACAUAGAUUUCUUUAUGGACUUCGUAUUCGUUAAGAGUGAUUUUAAAAUUAGAUUGAUGCCACUUGGAAAGUUCUUUCACGAACAGAUUCAUGGAACGUAUGCCAACUUGAAUGACGUAGCUUAA